UCCUUGGUUCAUAUCUCUUUGUUCCAGAUCAAAAAGCAGCAGCAAGAUGUCGUUGGCUUCUUGGAAGUCAAUAAGAUUGAGUUUGAAGAGAAAGACAUUGCGGCCAACGAAGAGAAUCGCAAAUGGAUGAGAGAGAACGUCCCAGAAGACAGCCGACCAGCCACUGGGAAUCCAUUACCCCCCCGAAUCUUUAAUGACAGUCGGUAUCUUGGGGAUUAUGAAGCUUUCUUUGAAGCGAGAGAGAAUAAUGCAGUCUAUGCCUUUUUAGGUUUGACUGCCCCACCUGGUUCAAAGGAGGCAGAAGCACUAGCGAAACAACAGGCGUGAAUUCUUCCUUCCUUCCUCCUGGUCUCAAGCCUUAAUGUUUCUGCAAAGAGAAAGUUCUGCAGCUUUUUUCCCUACAAUAGCAAAAACCAAUGUGCUUCGAGGAAAAAACAAAGGUUUUGUUGUUUUCCCCAAAAUUGCUGGUUGCUCUCUACAAAGUUCUGCUGUAUAUGAUUAAUAGGAUGGAACACCAAAUAGUAUUAAUAAUAAUAAUAAUAAUAAUAAUAAUAAUAAUAAUAAUAAAAUGCAAAUGUGCCACAGGGCCAAAAAGAAAGAAGGAAAUUAAAUGGAGCUUCUAAAAACUCUUGAUUGAUUUUUGCCUCUCCCAAUGGAUGUAAUUUGUUCUCUGGCAGUUGCAUAAAAGUCCACCCCCCCCUCUUUUCAGUAAAUUUAAAAGAACUGCAUUUUUGCUAUCUGUGACACAGAUCUAUAAUUAUACUUGCAGAUCCAACUAUUUAAACAAAAGAGAAAAUCUAGCUGCAAAAAAUGUUUAUUAAUAAACCCCAGUGCCUCUACUGCCUCACAAACCAAAAUGAAAAGUAAGAUUUCCUAAGGUUGGCUUUUGUUUUAAUGGUUAUUUCUAAACAUUGCAAUGUAGCGUAGUAAUAGUUGUAAUUACUUGCUCUAGUUAGGAUAUCUGUAGAGUUAUCCUUUGUUAUUCUGUAGCGUAGAGUGAUGCCAUUGGAGUCUCAUUAAUGGAAUAAGGGCAGGAUUUUUCCAGGGUUGAUCAGAACACAAUAUAACUGUCUUAGGGAAGCCUGUAUUUAUGAAUAAAGGCAAUAUUUUUGUGCAGUCUUAGUGAAAUGUCCAUUUCUAACCCUCUGGACUUAUAAAGGAGACAAAACAACAACAAGAUAGUUCUUUUUUUCUCUAAAAUGUGAAGCAAAUGUAAUAUGGGGCCAAAAUUCUAUUGUUAGAUUUUUUAAAAAAAUUAGAAACAAGGUCCAGUAAUUGUAAGCUAGAAUAAAACUUAGUUUGAUAUAUUAAGCUUGUAAAAACGUUUCUGUGUAAGAUGAGAUAUAUUGAGAUCAAGCGCCCGGUAUAAAAUAAAGCUGAAUAAAACUCAUUUGUAGGAAUGAAGCCUGUAGAUCUCUAUGAUACAGGAAGUCCAGCUGAGAUUUUUCAGUCUGGCUUCGCAAUGCUGCUAAGUUUCUUUUAGCAGUUUGUCAAACGCCUAGUGUUUUCACUAUGGGCAACAAUGAUCAAAGUUACUGGCAAGAACCCCAUCCCAAGAAACAUUUCAGUUACAAGUAACAUUGAAAGGUAUAUGUCUCCCUCCUACAGAUUUGGAACGAUGUAGAAAUGGAACUGCAUCUCAAGGCCUUAAUCAAAUUGUACGAAGAUAGAUAUAUCUAACAGAAAAGAAUACAUGUAGCUCAGGGUUCAACUGUGGAGUCCCUGGUGUUUUUUGAGGUGGUUUGUUUGCUUGCAGACAUUUCACUACCCAACUAGAACAUCAUCAGUGCUACUUGUAGAAGUCAUCUACAACAUACAGCUUUCAUGAGGCCUUUGAGAAUUGAAGUACAGUAAUUGCUUCUUUUUUGUGUGACAGCUUGACUUGCGUUGUUUUCUGGAAAAAUGUUUAGUGUGGUGUUUUUGUUUGGAUAUCUGCAGUACAUAGAGUAACUGGUUUUACAAGCUCCGAAUUACAAAAGAAACAAGGGCCAUCUCUGCGUAGUUCAUACUAUAUGCUUUUGCACCAGUGAUCAUUCCUAAUUGUUCCUGGCUCUGUGCUCGGAUUGGACAGAAAAUACGCUGCAGGCUUGCAAUAGGUUUGGAUGGUAAGAGGCUCAGACAGGACAAUUCCUGUAUUCAGUGGCUGUAAAAGGUCACAAAAUAAAAGUGCUUGACCAAAAUAUGUUAAUCUAAAUAUACCUUGUGCUCCUGAUUCAUGGCUAUUGGAAAGCCUAUGUUAGAGAAUCUAUUCCAUUUUAUCUCCUAUAGUCUAAGCCAAAUGUUUUAUUUCCUAUUCCUGUUUGAGCGAUCCUGUACUCUAAUUUCAUUAAUUUUGCAUUAAAUGAGUAUAUUGCAACUCAA